UCUCUCUCUCAUAUUUACCUGCACCUGUACCUGUCCAUGCCCAAGAAAUUCAAAUCCAGCAAAAAAAUCUCCAACGAGGCACUGUCGACUAUCGUGGCCGCUGUAGCCAAGCAUAACAAGACACUCCAAUUGCCCUCUGUAACGUUGGUGGCUACAUCGGCCAUGGUGGCUGCUCGUGAGGCCUGUGCUGCCAAGGUCGAUGCUAUUGUAGAAGAAUGUUUGGCUAAGAAUGUCAAGUUUCGAGACUCCAAAUUCGACUUGUUGAAUGAUCGUCGUAACUGUCUUUACGCAUCCUUGAUCAGUGAGACCGUUUACAAAGACAUUGCAGGAACUAAACGUAUCACGGAUUUGUUCAAAAACCCAGUCUUUUUCUUGAAUGGCGCUAGUCCUGAUGAUAUCAAGCAGGGCUCUGUAGGAGAUUGUUGGUUUGUGGCAUCUCUUGCCGUUAUUUCCAACAUUCCAGGACUUUUGGAGCAACUCUGUGUCAAGAAGAAUGAGCAAGUGGGUGUUUAUGGAUUCAUCUUCUUUAAAGAUGGCGAUUGGGUUUCGACCGUUGUGGAUGAUCAAAUGUUUUACAAGAUCGAUCCAGUGACACAUAGCCGAUCCCUCUAUUUCAGUUCUUGUUAUGAGGAACGGGAAUCAUGGUUGCCCUUGAUGGAAAAGGCUUAUGCAAAGAUCCAUGGGGAUUACGAAACCUUAACAGGAGGCUAUACAUCAGAAGGAAUUGAAGAUUUAACAGGAGGUACAGCCUCUAUGAUGUUCAGCAGUGAUAUCUUAGACAAGGAUCGAUUCUGGGAAGAGGAGAUGAAGCAAGUUAACAAGGUUACCCUCAUGGGAUGUUCCAUUAACUACCAAGAAAGUGAUCCAGAGAAUCAUGGAAUCCAGUCUGGACAUGCUUACAGUGUUCUUAACGUUGCCGAAUAUGACGGAGAGCGCCUUGUUCAUAUCCGCAACCCAUGGGGCAAGAUUGAAUGGAAUGGGGACUGGUCAGAUCAAUCCGACAAAUGGACACCGGACGCUAUCAAGACCCUUAAAUUGGAGGACAAGGAUGACGGGCGAUUCUGGAUGCCCUAUGAUGAAUUUCUGAGAAUCUUUACGACUAUUGACCGAUGCAGAGUCUUUGAUGCUACCUGGUCUGUCGCCUCUAGCUGGAUCCCUUACAAUGUUGAACCUCGUUCAAGCGGCAAAUUCCAAUUCAAGCUUAAUCAACCUGGUGAGACCGUCAUCGUGCUGUCUCAACCCGAUACCCGUUAUUAUGGAGCCUUCAAUGCAGAGUUCAUCUAUACGUUGUCGUUCCACGUCUAUGAUCAGGAUGAGAAACUGAUCCGACGCGCCAAAAUCACAGUCCCCUAUUCUCGGCGUAGUGUCAAUUGUGAACUCAAACUUGCAGCAGGCACGUACACAGUCAUCCCCCAUGUUCACCGCGAACCCACGGAUAUCCGGCCCGAUACCGAGAAUAGUAGUACUGAUAAUGCCAUCAAUCCUUCAACACGCAUUGAUGAUGUAGAGGUCGUUGUAGAUCCUGUCAAAAUGGAUAAGAGUUCAUACAUGUUCCAACAGCGUAAAGCUACUUUGGUCCGGUCUAUGUCUAUGGCACGUAUCACAGGAAGGAAGCUGUUGGGUGUAGAUGAUGAGGAUUAUGAGGCAAAUAAUAACAAGCCCAAGCAACUAGAGGAGCAACGAUGGCAACUGAUGUUAGGCCUCCGUGUAUACAGCCACGACCGGGCCAUCACUGUUGAUGGAAACCCUGGUGUUCACCCAUCGUUGAAGCGUCCUCAAGAGGGUCGUUUGGAUGUGGAGGAAAAAGAAGAUCCCGAAAGUGUCACUGCGACGCUUGCAGAUAAAAAAGAAUUGAGUACUGAACCUGAGGAGAUCGAGGAGGAGGCGCCCCAAACAUCUGUUAAGAAGUUUGCUUUCCGGAAGGUUUAUUUAGAGAAUAGACAGUAGAAUGACUUCUUUUUCAUCGCUCUAUAAAAAC